CCAUGCGCGGCCCCGCGGCCUGGCCGCUGCGGCUGCUCCUGAGGCGGGGCCCAGCCGCCCGCGCCCCCGGGACCCGGCCGCCGCCGACGCUCCUGGCGCCGGCGCGGCUUGGGGACUCGGGGCCAUCGCUCCUCGAGGGUGGCGAAGCCGCGCGAGCCCCGCGGUGCCGGGCGGUCCGCUGCCCGGGCGGGGGUCCCGGCAGCCCCGCGGGCGGCGCGGGCCUGGCGCGGCUCCUGGCGCUGUGGACGCGGCCCUCCGGGCCCUCCAGGUGCGGGGCGCUCGCCGGGCCCGGCGUCCCCCGGCUCCCGCGCGCCGCGCUCCCCGGUGGCCCAGCGGCGGUCGCGCGGGCCGGGGGCGAGGCUUGGCUGCGCGAGCCGGCCUUGCCUGCGGCCGCGGCGACCCCCGGACACGACCCGCUGCAGCGGCCCGUGGCUGCCGGGCGCUCGGAGGCCCAGAAGCUCCUAAGGCUGGCGCAGCCCGAGCGCCGGAGGCUGGCAGCUGCAGUUGGGUUUCUGACGGUGUCCAGUGUCAUCACCAUGUCCGCCCCCUUCUUCCUGGGGAAGAUAAUCGACGUCAUUUACACAAACCCCUCUGCGGACUACAGCUCCAGCCUGACCCGCCUCUGCCUGGCGCUCGGCGGCGUGUUCCUGUGCGGCGCCGCGGCCAACGCCGUCCGCGUCUACCUCAUGCAGACGUCAGGUCAGCGCAUCGUGAAUAGGUUGAGAGCUUCGCUCUUUUCCUCGGUUCUGAGGCAGGAGGUCGCUUUCUUUGACAAGACGCGCACCGGAGAGCUGAUCAACCGCCUGUCCUCGGACGCGGCCCUGCUGGGGCGGUCGGUGACCGAGAACCUCUCGGACGGGCUCAGGGCCGGAGCCCAGGCUUCCAUUGGCGUUGGCAUGAUGGUAUGUCGGCCCGGCUGCCGGGGCGCCCUGCGGCCGGGGCUCGGCCCGCGCCCUCUCCUCAGGCGUGAGUUUUUUGUCUCCCCUAAUCUGGCCACUUUUGUUUUGAGUGUGGUGCCUCCAAUAUCCAUCCUUGCUGUGCUUUAUGGCCGAUACCUACGGAAACUGACCAAAGUCACUCAGGACUCCCUGGCACAAGCCACUCAGCUAGCUGAGGAACGUAUUGGAAAUAUAAGAACUGUUCGAGCUUUUGGGAAAGAAAUGACUGAGAUAGAGAAAUACACCAGCAAAGUGGACCAUGUGAUGCAGUUAGCAAGGAAAGAGGCAUUUGCUCGGGCUGGUUUCUUUGGAGCAACCGGGCUCUCUGGGAACCUGAUCGUGCUUUCCGUCCUGUACAAAGGAGGACUGCUGAUGGGCAGUGCCCACAUGACAGUGGGUGAACUCUCUUCCUUCCUAAUGUAUGCUUUCUGGGUUGGAUUAAGCAUUGGAGGUCUGAGCUCCUUCUACUCAGAGCUGAUGAAGGGCCUGGGUGCCGGGGGCCGCCUCUGGGAGCUCCUCGAGAGAGAGCCGGAGCUUCCUUUCAAUGAGGGGGCCAUUUUAAACGAGAAGAGCUUCCAGGGUGCUUUGGAGUUCAAGAACGUGCAUUUCGCCUAUCCAGCUCGCCCAGAGGUGCCCAUAUUCCAGGAUUUCAGCCUUUCUAUCCCAGCAGGAUCCAUCACAGCGCUGGUUGGCCCAAGUGGUUCUGGCAAAUCAACAGUGAUUUCUCUCCUGCUGAGGUUGUACGACGCCAGCGCUGGAACGAUCAGUCUUGAUGGCCGUGACAUCCGUCAGCUAAAUCCAGUCUGGCUGAGAUCCAAGAUUGGGACAGUGAGUCAGGAACCAAUUUUGUUUUCUUGCUCAAUUGCGGAGAACAUUGCCUAUGGUGCAGACGACCCUUCCUCGGUGACGGCUGAGCAGGUAGAGAAAGUGGCUGGUGUAGCCAAUGCAGCUGCUUUCAUCCGACAUUUCCCUCAAGGGUUCAACACUGUGGUCGGAGAAAAGGGUGUUCUCCUCUCAGGUGGGCAGAAACAGCGAAUUGCAAUUGCCCGUGCUCUGCUUAAGAAUCCCAGAAUUCUUCUCCUAGAUGAAGCAACCAGUGCACUGGAUGCUGAAAACGAGUACCUCGUUCAGCAAGCUCUGGAUCGACUGAUGGAAGGAAGGACGGUGUUCAUCAUCGCCCAUCGUCUGUCCACCAUUAAGAAUGCCAAUAUGGUAGCUGUCCUCGACCGGGGGAAGAUCACCGAGUGUGGGAAACACGAAGAACUGCUUUCGAAACCAGACGGGAUAUACAGGAAAUUAAUGAAUAAACAGAGUUUUAUUUCAGCAUAAAGAAGCAAUUAUUGGUAAACUUAAUAUGAGACACUUUAAAUCAAAGCAGCACUGCAGGAAAAACAUUUUUUAAAAACCCAGGCUGUAUGAAAUCUGUAAAUCAUACUUCAAGCUAUUUGAAAUCUGCCUAUUUUUUCCAAAGAUUGUAAAAUACUGUUUUGAGAUCGACCUGUUCUCAAGACCUUUUUAUUCAGAGUUUUAAUAAUUGUAACUUUCUAAAUGUCUAGUUCACUGAAGUUAUUUUCAGGUUUUGUACUUUUAUCUUGGAAUAUUUUGAUUAAUAUAGCCUGGCACCUCAUUUUCUUUUAUCUGCUGUUAUAAAUUGAAGCUAUUGUCAAAUGACAACUUUUAAAAGGGAAUUAUAAAUAAAGAGCCUAAUUAUUUUAGGCCACUUUACCAAUCA